AUCAUGUCCAAAACGAAGAAAACUAUGCACAAGUAUUAGAUAAAUUCGGAAGUAAUUUUUUAAGUCGGGAUAAUCCAGAUCUUGGCACAGCUUUUGUAAAGUUUUCCACGCUUACUAAAGAGUUAUCAACGCUGCUGAAGAACCUGCUCCAGGGUUUAAGCCACAAUGUUAUUUUCACUUUGGACUCUCUCUUAAAAGGAGACCUUAAAGGCGUUAAAGGGGACCUCAAAAAGCCUUUUGACAAAGCCUGGAAGGAUUAUGAAACCAAAUUUACAAAAAUUGAAAAGGAGAAAAGAGAACACGCGAAACAGCAUGGGAUGAUAAGAACUGAAAUAACAGGAGCUGAGAUAGCAGAGGAAAUGGAGAAGGAAAGGCGGCUAUUUCAGCUACAGAUGUGUGAAUAUCUUAUUAAGGUUAAUGAAAUCAAGACCAAAAAAGGUGUGGACCUUCUGCAGAACCUGAUUAAGUAUUAUCAUGCACAAUGCAAUUUCUUCCAAGAUGGCUUGAAAACAGCUGAUAAACUUAAACAAUACAUUGAAAAGUUGGCUGCUGACCUGUAUAAUAUAAAGCAGACACAGGAUGAAGAAAAGAAACAGCUUACUGCCCUUCGUGAUUUGAUAAAAUCUUCUCUGCAGCUUGAUCAGAAGGAGGAUUCACAGAGCAGGCAAGGAGGAUAUAGUAUGCAUCAGCUGCAGGGGAAUAAGGAAUAUGGCAGUGAGAAGAAAGGUUAUCUUUUAAAGAAGAGUGAUGGGUUAAGGAAAGUGUGGCAAAGAAGAAAGUGCACUGUUAAAAAUGGAAUUCUUACUAUAUCACAUGCAACGUCCAACAGGCAACCAGCUAAACUGAACUUACUGACCUGCCAGGUGAAGCCAAAUGCUGAAGAUAAGAAGUCUUUUGAUCUAAUAUCACAUAACAGAACAUACCACUUUCAAGCAGAAGAUGAACAGGAAUACGUAGCAUGGAUAUCAGUAUUGACUAACAGCAAAGAAGAAGCAUUAAAUAUGGCAUUCCGUGGAGAGCAGAGCACAGGGGAGAACAGUUUAGAGGAUCUGACAAAAGCCAUUAUUGAUGACAUACAGAGAUUACCCGGAAAUGAAGUCUGUUGUGAUUGUGGCUCACCAGAUCCGACAUGGCUAUCAACUAACUUGGGCAUUUUAACCUGCAUUGAGUGUUCUGGAAUACACAGAGAAAUGGGUGUCCAUAUUUCUCGAAUCCAGUCUUUGGAAUUAGACAAAUUAGGAACGUCUGAACUCUUGCUGGCCAAGAAUGUAGGAAAUACUAGUUUUAAUGAUAUUAUGGAAGGGAAUUUACCUAGUCCUUCACCUAAACCCACUCCAUCAAGUGAUAUGACUGCACGUAAAGAAUUUAUCACUGCUAAAUAUGUAGAUCAUAAGUUCUCUAGGAAGACUUGUGCAUCUGCAGCAGCUAAACUGAGUGAAUUACUUGAGGCUGUCAAAUCCAGGGAUUUACUUGCACUAAUUCAAGUCUAUGCAGAGGGGGUAGAGCUAAUGGAGCCACUGUUAGAGCCUGGACAGGAGCCAGGUGAAACAGCACUUCAUUUAGCAGUCCGGACUGCUGACCAAACCUCUCUCCAUCUGGUUGACUUCCUUGUACAAAACUGUGGAAACCUGGAUAAGCAAACAGCGCUGGGCAAUACAGUUCUACACUACUGCAGUAUGUAUAAUAAGCCUGAGUGUUUGAAAUUGCUUUUGAGGGGGAAGCCAACUAUUGAUGUAGUCAACCAAGCUGGAGAGACUGCUCUGGACACCGCAAAAAGAGUGAAAGCUGUCCAGUGUGAGGAACUGCUUUCGCAGGCCAAGGCAGGAAAGUUAAACCCACACGUCCACGUGGAGUACGAAUGGAACCUUCGGCAGGAAGAAAUUGAUGAAAGUGAUGAUGACUUAGAUGAUAAACCUAGUCCUAUAAAAAAGGAAAGAUCUCCAAGACCCCAAAGUUUCUGUCACUCUUCAAGCAUUUCUCCUCAAGAGAAAAUGACUCAUCCUGCAUUUAGCACUCCCAGAGACAAGCAAAGACUCUCCUAUGGAGCUUUUACCAAUCAGAUCUUCGCCUCUACAAGCACAGAUUCACCCACCUCUCCAACUGCCGACGCUCCUCCUCUUCCUCCUAGAAAUGCUGGCAAAGGCCCACCUUCAACCCUCCCUCUAAGCACUCAAACCUCUAGUGAGCGCCUCUCACCUCCCCCACCCCCAGGACACAAAAGAACCCUCUCUGACCCACCAAGCCCACUACCUCAUGGACCCCAGAAUAAGGGCCCAAUUCCUUGGGGUAAUGAUUUGGGCCCACCUUCAACUAAGGCUGCAAACAAGUUUGAGGGGAUGUCUCAGCAGUCAAGCACUGGGACAGCAAAGACUGCACUUGGCCCUAGAGUUCUUCCCAAACUACCUCAAAAAGUGGCACUAAGGAAAAUAGAAACCAGUCAUCAUCUUUCAAUAGAUAAAUCCCAUCAGCACGCGGAAAUGUUUCAGAAGCCCUCACUUUCCAUCGAUAUACCACAGAAACCACAGCCUGGAGACUUGCCCCCAAAGCCUCUGCCUCUGGAAUUAACUCAGAAACCUCAAGUGGUAGAUUUACCCCCAAAGCCUGGAGAACUACCCCCAAAGCCUCAGCUCGGAGACUUGCCACCAAAACCACAACUUGGAGACUUACCUCCAAAGCCGCAAAUGAAGGACCUUCCUCCAAAACCUCAGCUAGGAGAGCUGUUGGCUAAAACCCAAGGUGGGGAAGCAUCACCGAAGCCUCAGCCCUCAGAGGCAAAUCAGAAAUCUCACUCCUUAGAUCUUUCUCCAAACGUACAAUCUAGAGACACCGUCCAAAGGCAAGCAUCUGAAGAGUCUAAUGACAUAACACACGCCCUGCCAGAAACCCCUGUGCCACUGCCCAGGAAAAUUAAUAUGGGGAAAAACAAAGUUAGGCGAGUGAAGACCAUUUAUGACUGUCAGGCAGAUAAUGAUGACGAGCUCACAUUUGUUGAAGGAGAAGUAAUUAUUGUAACCGGUGAAGAGGACCAAGAGUGGUGGAUUGGCCACAUCGAAGGACAGCCAGAGAGGAAAGGGGUCUUUCCAGUGUCCUUUGUGCACAUUCUGUCAGACUAGUAAAAACAAACAAACAAAAAACAUCCUAAACUUGAGCAUUGCACAUUCUUCAUGCAAGACGGGCUUUUUAGCAAAAGCGAACGCUGCUGCCUCCCUGUAAUCCUGUGCACAAUUGUAUAUAUAGCUGCUGUUACAAAUUAAGAAUCCAUUUAAGUUUUCACCUCAUGAGGUUGAAUUAUAUGUAUUGUAAAUAUACUGUGUUAUUCUGCCUUUGCCAGUAUUAUGGUAGCCUUGGAACCUGGCACGCCUUAUUGGGUUCGUUGAAGCCAUCCUCGGCAUCUAGCACUUACAUCUCUGUCUAGGAACUGCCAGCUUCCCAAACAUAGGUGGUUUCCAUCAACUGUACAGAAAUGACUGUUCCUAAUAACUCGGUAUUCUCAAUAUACAAUUAGCAGAAAGUUAGAAUGAGUGAAUGGUUUUGGAGACUCUAAAAACCAGUCUGCAGUUUAUAAGUGUAUGCAGUUUACAGCUAUGAAACCCACUUCGGUAUUUAUUUAAUAUAGUGCUCAGUUCAGUGUAAUUAUGAAGACAAAUAUUCACUGACUUUACAGAUAACAGUAAUGUUUUACGGCGUGCACACAGCAUUUCAUGUUUCUAUUACGUGGACCUAUGCCAAACUGUGAUUGCAGUUCCCCUGUGAUAUUACCUCACUAUAAAAAGUUACCAAUUUAUUUCAUUCGAAAACUUCUUUUAAGGAAAAUGAGUCCUCUUGUUCUUUAGUAGAUAUAUGUGAAAUUUGCUGGUUUCUUUCACUGACUUCUUCGUAACCAAGGACUUCUAGAAAAUGUUAACUGUUGACAUUAUGCAUGCAUUUAGACGCUUACUUGAAACCUGCCUUUGUACAAAAGUAGUACUGUAGUCAUAUAGCUACAUUUGAGGAAAAGAACAUUUUAACUUAAUUGCUGUUCAGAUCAAUGUGAGCUUGCAACAGUAUUUGUUUAUAGCUGAAUUGGCUCUUUGAAAAAUGAGUUUGUGGGGUUUUAUUUUCCUCUUGUCUUCAACCUUGCUAAAAGUUAGUGACCUAAAAUAAAA